AAUGAUAUUAUUUGUAUUCUUUCCAGAAGAACGAAACACAAACAGCCACAAGACUGUCCCAACGAGACUUAUUUUAUAUGAUACCAAAACUUAAUAAAAUAAAGUUGCCUUUGCCCAUAUAAAAUCCCCUGCACCUUCUUCCUCUUUGCUUCAACGCUUCUUUCCCUCUCUUCUACUUCUUCCUCUUGGACAAAUGGGUUCUUCUUCUUCUUCUUUUCUAGCUUUAUGGCUGUGUUUCUUAGGCUUGGUCUCCAUGACCACCCUGGCUGCCCCACCAAGGAGACCCAUCAAUGUUCCAUUCCAGAAAAAUUAUGUGCCAACAUGGGCUGGUGACCACAUCAAGUACUACAAUGGAGGCAACGAGAUCCAGCUCUACCUGGACAAAUACACAGGCACUGGGUUUCAGUCCAAGGGCUCUUACUUGUUCGGUCACUUCAGUAUGCAAAUAAAGAUGGUUCCAGGGGAUUCUGCUGGAACUGUCACUGCCUUUUAUAACUCAGAGCAUGAUGAAAUAGACUUUGAGUUCUUGGGCAACAGGACGGGUCAGCCCUACAUCCUCCAGACAAAUGUGUUCACCGGUGGCAAGGGAGACAGGGAGCAGAGGAUCUACCUCUGGUUUGACCCAACGAAGGAUUACCACUCCUACUCUGUACUCUGGAACUUGUACCAGAUUGUAUUCUUUGUAGAUGAUAUACCAAUCAGAGUGUUCAAGAACAGCAAGGACUUGGGUGUGAGGUACCCCUUCAACCAGCCCAUGAAGAUCUACUCCAGCCUGUGGAAUGCUGAUGACUGGGCCACAAGGGGUGGGCUUGAGAAGACUGACUGGUCCAAGGCUCCCUUCGUGGCUGCCUACCGGGGCUUUCACAUUGAUGGCUGUGAGGCAUCGGCUGAGGCCAAGUUUUGUGCCACCCAAGGGAGGCGAUGGUGGGAUCAGAAGGAGUUCCAGGAUCUGGAUGGCUACCAAUACCGAAGACUGCGGUGGGUGCGCCAGAAGUACACCAUCUACAACUACUGCACCGAUCGGUCGAGGUACCCCACCAUGCUACCUGAGUGUAGGAGGGAUAGAGAUGUGUGAAUUGAGAGAUGAUCAGGCCACCUUUUGGAGCUUAGCAUGCGUAAAUUUGAAGUGGUUCAGAUAUUAUUAUUAGUUACUUUGUGGACAUGGUCUCUUUAUGUGCCUGGUAAGGUACCUCUGCGGAAUUAUUAUUCUUUGAUGGGCAUCUGCUGUAUGGAGAUUGAGUUUAUAAUGGGGGUCUUUUAUGUGGUUUGAUUCCCAA